UAAGCAUAAUAAUUAUCUUGACCUUUAUAGAAAAAGGGGAACCCAUGUUGAUCAAACUAGAAGUGAUCGAUUUAAGUGACAAUCUCUUCAAUAGCAGCAUACUCUCGUUCCUUGGUACGCUCCCAAAUUUGAAGUCUUUGAAUAUAGUCGAGAACAAAUUGGAAGGGGCUAUACAUAUUAAAGAAUUGAACGCUUUGAGCAGCUUAGAGGAGCUGUCCAUGUGGGGAAAUAAAGUGACCAAUUUUGUUCCAUCUCAAGAUAAUGAAACUCAACUAAGGUUGAUGAACCUCAAAACGCUUCGUUUGGGUAACAACCAGUUCAACAGUAGUGUAUUGGCAUCUCUUGGUAGGCUUUCAAAUCUCAAGUCUUUAAAUGUUGCAGGCUCCAAUUUCACAGGAUCAAUAGAUCUUACAGAACUAAAUGCUUUGACCCACUUGGAGGACCUGUCAUUAUCUUGCUCUUUUUCAGUCACAGACACGGAUAGCAAUUGUGGUAACCUUUCAAUACAAUCACUUGGCUUGUUUCCAUCGUUAAAGACUGUUUCUUUGGGCGGAUUUAAUAUUGAAGGAACCGAAAUGGCUUCCCAAAAUGAAUGGCAUUGUAAUUUUACAAACUUGGAGGAGUUAUACGUGUUCGAUUCCUUUCUCCAAACCAACUUUUUUAGAAGCAUCGGACAAUUUACUUCUCUCAAAAGUUUGACUUUAAGGGAAUGUAAGAUGAAUACAAGCCUGAGUACUCUUGAAGAGUUAACUGCCUUGACACACUUGGAACAACUGUCAUUAUCUUGCUAUUACGAUGACACAGCCACAGGUAACCAUUGUAGCCUUCCACUACAAUCACUUCUCUUGUUCCCUUCGUUAAAGACUGCUGAUUUGGGAAGAUUUAAUAUUGAAAGAGCCAUAAUGACUUCCCAAAAUAAAUGGCAUAACUUUUCGAAAUUGGAAGAGUUAGAGGUGUAUGGUUCUUUUCUCCAAACCAACGCUCUUGGAAGCAUUGGACAAUUUAUUUCUUUGAAGCAUUUGGAUUUGGAUAGAUGUGAGAUGAAUGAAAAUUUGAAUAUCCUUGAAGGUUUGUGUGAAAUGACAAAUCUUGAAGAGUUGGAUCUCGAUUUUAAUAAUUUAAAGGGUAGUCUGCCCGAUUGCUUCUCUAACCUCGCAUCCCUUCGCAACUUGGAUCUUUCUUUCAAUCAAUUUUCUGGGAAUAUAUCUGUCCUUGAGGGUCUAACAUCUCUUAAAAUAAUAGAUCUCUCUUCCAGUCAAUUUUCUGAAAAUAUACAUGUUCUUGAGAAUUUAACAUCUAUUGAAGAAUUAUUUCUUUCUUCCAAUCAAUUUUCUGGAAAUAUAGAUGCUCUUAAGAAUCUAGCAUCUCUCCGAGGAUUGAGUUUAUCCGACAAUCACUUUGAAAUCCCUAUCUCAUUAGCACCCUUGUCCAACCUUUCAAAACUCAUGAGCAUAAAUGCAGGCAACAAUAUCAUAUAUGCUGAAACUCGGAUACUUUCUUCCGUCCCAAGGUUCCAAUUGAAAGAUAUUAGUUUGUCGUGUUGUGGAGAAGCUGGAUCGUUUCCUGAAUUUCUCUAUCAUAAACAAGAUUUGCGGUCUCUUGAUCUCUCUAAUAUCUUCUUCAAAGGAAAUCAAUUCCCAAAUUGGUUGUUGGACAACAACACAAAACUAGAGAAGCUAGUUCUUUCCAAUAGCUCUCUGUCGGGACCACUUGAGCUACCAUUAGCUUCACAUGUACAUUUGUCAUAUUUAGACAUCUCCGACAAUUUCUUCAAUGGCAGCAUCCCACCAGAAAUUGGAGAGAAACUACCAUGGUUGGAGUAUCUAAACAUGUCAAAAACUCAUUUUAUUGGUACCAUUCCCUUGUCUUUCGGCCAUAUGACUUCAUUGAGAGUCUUGGACUUAUCCAAAAAUAAACUUGAGGGAAAAAUUUUCUCCGGAAAUCUUAAAUUACCAAACUUUAGAGUGUUGAAAUUGGAUGGAAACAACUUCUCUAGAAGGAUCCCUGAUAUAUUAUCCAAGAGCGCUUUUUUGUUAGCACUAGAUGUUAACAACACACUUUCUGGUAGGAUCCCAAGGCAGUAUACCAUCUUGUUUCAACUCUUCUCAGAUCAUACAAGUUCAUUUGGCUAA